AGACAAUGAGAAGCGUGCUGAAAGCAGAGGGUGAGUGCAAAAUCAUCGUUUAGUAGGGGAUACAGAUGACAUGGGGGAUGGGCACCAAAGCCUGUAGACGUAGCAUCUGUGCUCUUGAUGCCCUGAUCAUCCGUCAGUUUGCUUUUUCCCUGUGCUGCCUGCAGCCAAUCACAGAGCACAGGUAAACAUAGGCAGGGCAUGCUGGAGAGCUCAUAAUACAUUCUGUAGAUCGUGUACUGAGUGUACAGAGCCCAGUGAUCAGACAGGAAGAUUCCGAAUAAGGCAGUCAAUUUUUUUUAUUUUUUUUUAAUCUUGCAGUUUUAAGCAAAUCCCAUACAGUGACGUUAUCAAAGACAUUCCAAACUGGACUUUUCGGGAGUGAUAAAAAGACCAUACCAAAAGCAGAUCAGAAGUGCACAUUUUAAGGUAAGGAAAUUGUGAGAGCUUUAGUAGGGUUGUCAAACCUGUUCAUCUGUGUGUGUACGUUGAACAAUCAUCAACAAGCAAGGCUUGAAGACAAAGCAAAGACACACUCUUGUUAUUUAAUCCAGAUGCAUACAUCGAUUAGACAAGACACCUAUGAAAUAUCCUCUUGAUUCAGGUAAUACUAUCUUUUGUGCAUCUCACUGUUUUAUUUUGUACUUUUGUUUUUUUGUUAUAAAAUCUGAUGUGUAUCAAUUGUUCUGCAAUCAGUGUUAACUUGCCUUUUACGCAGACAUGUUUUUGAUUUCCUUUUUGUUUAAUUUUUAUUUUUUUUAUUUAACUUGUUGAAUAAGUCUGUGCUUAGAUUUUAAGUAUUCUUAACAUUGGUUCAAAGUCAUUUGAUUUUGUUUUGUUUUUUAAUCUUGCUGCUUUUUUUAUUUUUCUUUAUUUCAGUAGGCAAUAAAACUGUUCUUUUGUUAUAUCGAGCCAUUAAACAAGCAGAGUGUUUGAGAUAAGCUAGCAAUGUUGUAUCUGGUAGUGAGAUAUGCUGCCAGAAUCAGUUGCCACAACUAAAGUCCCUUCUGUUUAUUUUUCAGUGACAUAGUUUGAAUGCCGAGCAAUGCACAAAUAAUUGUGAAAGAUUCAUUAUCUCGUCUCUGCAAUUCCCCUUAAAAAAGAAUCAGCGGGGCAAAGUAAAAGUGCUAUUUGAUGCAACCAGUACUGGAGUGAGGUUAAGAGAAAGACAUAAUGUAUCUCUGCUAUCGAUCAUUGCCUACGAAACUUGCAUUUCUCCAAACCAACUGCAAUUCCUUUUUGUAUGUUCUCCUUCUGUUCCUGAGCAUCUUUGGUGGAGCUUCUGGGGCGUGUCCUCCAGCUUGCAUCUGUGCCAGUGACAUUGUGAGCUGUACAAACAAGAACCUGUCUAUGGUACCCAGGACCAUAUUUAAAUUUAUCAGAAAACUGGAUUUAGGCUACAAUAAAAUUGGGUUUUUAGACCCAGACUGGUUUCCAGUCUUGCUAGAUAAAUUGCACACUUUAAUCUUAAAUAAUAAUGCUGUAAGCAGCAUAUCCAGUGGGAGCUUCUCUACUAUACCAAAUGUAAGGUACCUUGACUUAUCAUCUAACCAUCUGAAAUCACUGAGCAAUCCAGUUUUUCAGGAACUUAAAAUGUUAGAGGUUCUUUUGCUUUACAACAAUCAGUUAACGCAUAUUGAUGCAGGUUCCUUUGGCGGGCUACAUAAACUACAGAAACUGUAUUUGAGUCGCAAUUCAUUGUCACAUUUUCCUCUGGACCUCUACAUUGGCCGAAGCAAACUGACAGAACUUGUGUUACUAGACCUUUCUCACAAUAACUUGCAAACAGUGCCUGUCCAACAAAUCAGCCUAAUUCCAGCAAGGCAACUUAGUGGGAUUUACCUACAUGAAAACCCCUUCUCCUGUGACUGUUCUUUAAAUUCCAUGUUAAACUUUUGGUACCAUAGACACUUUAGCCCAGUGGUGGAUUUUAAAAAUUACUAUAUAUGUUUAACGUUAGAUGGAAAGACCAACUCCAGACUGCACCUUAUCCAAGAGAGCUUCCUGAAUUGUUCUGAAAGUGCUAUCAAUGGCUCUUUCCAUGCAUUUGGACUUUUAUAUGAGGUUCAGAUUGGUGAAAGGCUCAUAGUACACUGCGACAGCAAAAUCAUAGACACAAGCACACAGUUUGUCUGGGUCAACCCAGAAGAACAAACCCUGAAACCUGACUACAAGAAUGGCCAUUUUCGCGUUUUUUACAAUGGGAGCCUAGAAAUUGAGGAUGCCCAAAUUGGGGAUUCUGGAGUUUAUUCAUGCAUUGCAAUUAAUGAGAAGAGGUCACUCAAUGAAACCAUAGACAUUCGAAUCACUGUCAGCAAUAUGACCAAUAGCAGAUCUCACGCCCAUGAAGCAUUUAAUACCGCUUUCACUACACUUGCUGCUUGUGUAGUUAGUAUAGUCUUAGUGCUUCUUUAUCUUUACCUCACACCCUGCAGAUGUUGGUGCAAGUCUAAGAAACAGAAAAGGAAACCCAACCAGAGCAGUGUCCACUCAUCCAUUUUAAGUGCCACUCCAUCGCAUGAUCCACAAGAAGAAAGGAAAUGUAGCACUGGCAAAAGGGUCGUGUUUCUGGAACCUGUAAAAGAAACAGAUUCAGGUCAAAAUGGAAAAGUAAGACUGAUCCCCAGCGAUAAUCUUACAGCUGAAAGCAUUUUAAAGACUAGCAGCAGGUCCAAGUCCGACUCAGAUUCAGUCAGUUCUGUUUUUUCUGAUGGUCCCUUCAUUGCAUCAGUCUAGGGAACCUUUUCAGCUACAGUCGAUCUUUGAACUUGGAAUAUUUAAGGAAACAGUAACUCAAGUAUACAGUAACUGUCAAGUAUACGUAUAUAACAAAAAAAUGCCUUUAUUCAUUAAACACUAAUUUAUCAAAGGGAAAACGAAUGUACUAUAUUCACUAGCUACAAGCACACAAACUUUACAUUUAAUUCAGGAAUAUACCCUUUUAUCAUGGAAACCUGUAUUCUCUGCCGAUCUGUGUUUUCUACACAAACCAUCUUCCGUUAUAGGAAGAACCAUUUUUAUUCUGCAUCUCUGGAAAUUGUAAAGUCCCUAUCUUGUAUUAAUUGACACUGCACUGGACCAAGACCCCAUAACCUCUGUUUUCUGGCUUUAAUACAAGACAAACAGCUGUCUAUAUUGACAGAAUGAAAAGGCACACGUAUAAAACAUAGGAAGCUCACUGUGUACUUAACUCUUUCAAUGGCCAAGGGAAAUGAAAUGAGAAUAUUUGCUUACCAGUGAAAUGUUUGCUUUCUCUAGUCGCAAAUGGAGUUAAGAGUAAGUUCUAAAAAAGUGGGUAAGGUAUGGAGAGACAUUUUGGAGCAAAGUUCUAAAAAUGGAGAGUUUUACAAUGGAAACCUAGAGCUCUGAUGAGGCUUGUUUCUCCACAUUUAGAACUGGACUUCAGAUUUGUCCUUUAUACAUAACCACAUCUAAGCUUUACUUGGCAGGACAAAAUUUUCCAACUGUAUUCAAGAUUUUGCACUUUUACUCAGUUUUGCUCUGAUAAAUAUGGCCAUGUGCAUCCAAAAUAUCCAUAUUACCCCAAGCACCGAACCACGCUGUCAAGAUUUAAAAUUUUAUGUGUUUAAUAAUUCAUAUAAAUAUAUAUAUAUAAAUAUAUCAAAACAAGAAAUAAACCAAUGAGAAAUAGGAAAACCUUAUCUAUUUUAUUUAUAUAUCUGUCCAGUUUUCCUAAAGUAUAUUUUCUUAUUAUUUUAUUAGGUAUAGAUGGAUAAAAAAAAAAAAAAAUGAAUCUGACUUUGCUAUGCAAAGUGAAUUUUAUGUAUCAGGCUAAUCAUUAGCAGUGGCUAAUAUGUAUUGAUAGCCAACGAUUUACUAAACAAUGGUAAAAUAAAGACCAAUCAAUCAAUAUUCUUGACCACAUUGUUUCGUUCAUAAUCAUUCAAAGUGUAACAUUGUUGUUUAGAUGAUAGUGAACUGUAUGUAAAAUUUUCAUCAAACAUCAAUUUGAAUUCUUGUCAUGGAAAUUAAUGUCUUAUUAUGUUGUUUACUUGCAGAUUAUGUGCAUAUUCCUGCACUGACUUUAAUAAAUUAACCAAAAAAAAUAUAUAAUCAGAAUAAUUGGUGUAGUAAUGAACUGUUGAUCCUUAAAUCAUCAAAGCUGUGGACAGUUAAUUGUUAUGCUGAACAUUUGCAUAAAUACCAACUUGGAUAUGUCUAGAGCUAGCAUUAAAAUGUGCGCAAGACUGUUGUAUCUGCCUUUGAUAUAUUAAUAUUUAUCAAAUAUUGAUUAGCUUUAGCCAUCGUCUUUCCUAUGAGAUACUGUGGUAGGGUAAAUGUAUUUGUUGAUCAUCAUCUUUAUUACAUAUGAUUAUUUUUGUUUAUCAUGAAUUCCUUUUAAAAAGGCACCCACAAGCUAAAAGCUAGAAUGUUUAUAUGUCAAUACGAUCUAUCCAUGCUGUUUAGAUCUCUAUAGGAAAUACAAUUCAAUAAUUUUGUUUUGAGUGACUUACAGAAUAAUUGAUUCCACUCCCCAUUGCUGUUCUAAAUUGGUUAUUUAUUGUAUACAACAUCAUCAGUGAGCAGAGGGUAGUGCUAGUAUCAGGUAAUGUGACAUUAGAAUACUGAAAUAUUGUUGUUAGAUUGUUCAAUAAAUAACUGUUAGCAACUAAAAUAACCACGUAUUGCAUAUUGAUUAACCAUUCGAAUGUCAAAUAGAGUCUAUGCACUGAACAGCAGGUUUUGAGGAGAACCCAUUUGCAAAAUUCAGACUAAAAUAGCACAGUUGAAAAAAAAAAUUCAGUAGUUUCUCAAACUCUUUUACUUUAGUCCGAUUUUUGAAAGAUGAUUUUCAACUCAAUGCAACCUAUUGUUUAGUGCAUAACCCCCCCCCCACCUCUCUCUCCCUCAUUCACACAAAUCUGCUGUUCAUGUGUUUAAAGAGUUAAAUGACAUCUCGCAUUCAUAGCGUUUGUAUUAUUGACAUUUAACAUUCCUUCUAAAUAUAAGAUGAUUCCAAAAGCAUUUAAUGUUCUGUCGUUCUUGCAUCUUGUGCCUUUUGAUUCGAAAUCUGACACACCAUUACUG